CAACAAAUUAUACAUUCCGCAUUGAUCCACUAUCUCUUUGUCCCUGGUAUCAUGGAGUCUGAGUCUGAGUGGUCCCAUGGUGGCUCUUCUUCUGAUUGCAAUUUUAGCUUCGCUUUCAAUGACCCUAAAUUCUCCGACAGGGUUCUCCGGAUCGAGAUCAUGACCGACCCGGUUGAUGCCCCUCCUAGUUCAGAUAGUGUCACCACCAUCGCUGACUGUGAACAACACUGCAAGAGGAGACGCCGCGAAAAUUAUAUUUCCGGUGAUGAAGCUGGAAAUAGCAAUGGUUCAAACAGGACCAUGGAUUGCUCUGUAGAUACAAUUGUUAGAGUUAAAACACUGCAUAUCAGUUCUCCUAUCCUGGCGGCUAAAAGCCCUUUCUUCUAUAAGCUUUUCUCAAAUGGGAUGAGGGAGUCACAGCAGAUAGAUGUCACCCUCAGGAUUAAUGCAUCUGAAGAAGCUGCUCUCAUGGACCUACUGAAUUUUAUGUACAGUAAUACCUUGAAUAUUACUGCAGCCCCUGCUUUGCUGGAUGUGCUUAUGGCUGCUGAUAAAUUUGGCGUCUCUUCAUGCAUGAGGUACUGUAUCCGCUUAUUGCCAAAUCUACCCAUGACACCUGACUCUGCAUUACUUUACCAGGAGCUUCUUCAUACCGUCUAUGUAGCCCAACCCCUGGCUGAUGCUGUAGAGCAAUAUCUUGCUGGCCAAUUCAAGGAUAUUACCAAGUUUCAAGAAGAGGUUUUGGCCUUGGUGAUGGAGUCUGAAGGGUCCCAUUGUGGCUCUUCUUUUGAUUGCGAUUUUGGCUUCGCUUUCAAUGACAUCAAUUUCUCCAACAAGGUUCUCCGGAUUGAGAUCAUUAGUGAUCUGGUUGAUGCCCCACCUAAUUCAGAUAAUGUCACCACCACUGAUGACUGGGCUCGCCACUGCAAGAGAAGGCGCACGAACGGUUUGGAUUUUACUUCGUUGCCCGAUGAACAAAUUUUGAACGGAAAUCAACCUGAUAUAGGUGAUGGUGUGCCCUAUGAAAAUCAAGAUGAAGAGUCUUUUGUAAUGGUUGAAAAAUUCCCUCCUGGUGUUGAAGGUGCAAACAUCAAUGAUUCAAAAUGGAACAUGGAUAGCUCUGCAGCUGCAGUUGUUAGAGUUAAAACACUUCAUAUCAGUUCUCCUAUCCUGGCGGCUAAAAGUCCUUUCUUCUAUAAGCUUUUCGUAAAUGGGACAGAGCAUAGACAUGUCACCCUCAGGAUUAAUGCAUCUGAAGAAAUUGCUUUCAUGGAGCUACUGAAUUUUAUGUACAAGAAUACCUUGAAUAUUAUUGCAGCGCCUGCUUUGCGGGAUGUGCUUAUGGCUGCCGAUAAAUUUGAAGUCUCUUCAUGCAUGAGAUUCUGUAUCCAGUUACCCAUGACACCUGACUUUGCAUUACUUUACCUGGAGCUUCUUCAUACCGGCUUAAUGUCUGAUUCAGUCCAACCACUAGCUGAUGCUGCAAAGGAGUAUCUUGUCGGUCGAUACAAAGAUAUAACCAAGUUUCAGGAAGAGGUUAUGACAUUUCCUCUCUAUGGAAUAGAGGCAAUCUUGGCUAGUGAUGAUCUCCAGGUUAAAUCAGAAGAUGAUGUAUAUAACUUUGUUUUAAAGUGGGCUAGACAACACUACAACAAACGAAAAGAAAGGCAAGAAGUUCUGGGUACACGACUUUCACAUUUAAUUCGCUUCCCUUUUAUGACAUGCCAAAAGCUUGGGAAGGCCUUAACCUGUAUUGACUUUAAACAUAAGGAAGCAUCUAAGCUUGUACAUAAAGCCCUAUUUUUCAAGGCAGAUGCUCCAUAUCACGAACGGUCAUGGGUAGCAGAAUGGUCUGCUUCAUUGAACCAUUGUUGUUUUGUGGAGAGGGCAUAUAAGUGGCGCCCUGUUAGGAUAGUAGAAUUUGAACUUCCGCGGCAGCAGUGUGUGGUGUACUUGGAUUUGAAGCGGGAGGAGUGUGCCACUUUAUUUCCAUCUUGCGGUUAUGUGAGUUCUCAAACAUUCCAUUUCGGUGGACAAGAGUUUUUUUUAUCAGCAAAAUGCAAAAUCAUGGACCAACAAAGCCCUUUCUAUUGCUUUGGGCUGUUUUUAGGAAUGCGGAAAUACAGUUCGGUAAGCUUUGAUGUGGACUAUGAAUUUGCUGUAAGGUCUAGGCCAACAGAGGAGUUUGUUAGUAAGUUCAAAGACAAAUGUACAUUUACCGAUGCAACGAGUGUUUUUGGCCCUGUAAACUUGUUUGCGAUUCCAUGGACUUCAUUCAUGGCUGAGGAGAGUCUUUUCUUCAUUAACGGUGUUCUCCACCUCAGAGCAGAGCUCACCAUCAGACAUUAAUCACCUAUUUUUUUUUAUAAUUCUUGUUGGUACUUGGUAGCCUUGACUUUUAGCUGAUUUCUCAUUUUCUUUCUUAUAUAUAUUUUUUAAAGUAACAAGCACAAAAAUUUCACCUUGA